GAAGUGCGCAGAGCCCAGUGAUAAACUGGAUGUCAAUCAGGGAAGAGCUUUCACCGGUGAACAGCCACGCACAGGAUCGUAAGAGUUGUGCCAUUUGCUUGUUGAGAAGAUUAAGAUGGAGUGGCGCCAGCAGACCAAUGUCAGCUGUGCAGACGCGUUCAGCGAGGCUCAGCGCUGGAUUGAGGAAGUGACUGGAAAAUCGUUUGGUUGCGAUAACUUCCGCGCCGCCUUAGAGAACGGAGUCCUGCUUUGCGACCUAAUCAACCAGUUGAAACCUGGCAUCAUCAAGAGAGUGAACAGGCUUUCUACUCCCAUCGCCGGCCUGGAUAAUAUCAGUGUUUUCCUGAAAGCCUGUGGAAAACUGGGACUGAACGCCUCACAGCUGUUCCAUCCGGGUGACCUGCAGGACUUGUCGACUCGUGUGACACUCAGGCGAGACGAAAGCACCAGACGACUCAAAAAUGUUCUCAUUACAAUCUACUGGUUGGGUCGCAAGGCUCACUUAGAUGCCUUCUACAGUGGCCCCCAGCUUCAUUUCAAGGCCUUCGAGGGGCUGUUAGGUUUGGCCUUGUCCAAGUCUCUGGAUGAGGGAAGUAACGCGAUCGUGAAGGACGGUGGAUACAGACAGUGCCGGUACCCAGAGAAGGAGGAAAGCAGCAGCAUGCGAUCGAGCUAUAAGAAAGGAAACUCUGUGGACAGCAUUGAGUUUCUGAACUCCCGGGCCCUGCGAUCAAACAGUGAAGGUUGUGGAAGUGACGCAGAAGCUGAGCAUGUGUUCAAGAUGGAGAACACGCAGCCUUCAGCCCACCAAAGCAAAGGUUACAUCCCAACACCGAUUCUUCGAAGAAAACAAGGACGAGAGGAGACUGGAAAAGGCAGCGCGAGUCCACUCCCCAGAACAUAUCAAAUCCAGGUCAGGCCUGAGAGACCAGUUCAGGUUAACCCUGGCUGGAUAUGGAGCAAAUCCCUCAGUGACAUCCCGAUGGUCUACCCUGUGCGCAAAGUUCCUGAUGGAGACACUAAUAAUGAUGAAGGCCAGGACAAUAGGAAGUGUAGCGUUGCUGCGAAGGACAGCGAAGCUCAGUGGCAGGAUGAUUUGACAAAGUGGAAGAGUCGUCGCAGGAGCACGAAGUCUGACCUUCGCAGGAACUCACUAGACAGAGAGCAUGUUAUAAACCAGAUGACCAAUGGAGCUGUGAAGAGUACAGGCGGACUGACAAAGAGAGAACAGCAGUCACCAUGGAGGCAUAAACCAGCCCCCCGUCCUUACUCCACCUCUCCCCCAUCCAAACCAUUGAGCUCUGAUCUGCGGCCGCACACUCGAGCUCUGCUGGCCCGUAGCUACGCCAUCGAAUCACCUUUCAGCCCCACAGUUCCACUUAGCCAACACAACUCAGCCCACACACGGGGAUCAUCAGUUGGAGCCAUGCCUGCCUCUGAUGGAAACAUCCUGGGAGAGGAGACCUACUUUGCCUCUGUGGCUUCAGAUGGAGCAGGAGCCACCACACCGUCUCUGGACCAGCCUUUCAGCUCUCAGACCCAAGUCAAAGCCCCGGGCGGCCCACGACUUUUCCAGUCCACGCUGGAACUGGCCCGGCCACAAAAUGUCUUUACAAACCAAAUCUCCACUCUUGUCAUAGCUACGCAGCCAAACUGCACUGCAGAACCAACCGGCAACAGGGAUCCCACUUCAUCCACGUCAAGUUACAAACCUUCAUUCUGCAUUGAUCCUGAUGCAGUCAAUCAGGCUGGAGUUGAUGCUUUGAAAGACUUGUCAUAUCAGAACCACAAGUCCAACGAGGAGCGCCAGAAGUCAUCUUGGGAACCAGCAGUGGAUCUUGGCAAAGACCAGCAUGCCGCAGGCGUCUACAAGUACCUGUCGAGAACUGGGUCGUGGUCCGGCUCAGCUAGCCUUCCCCGAGGUUACCGUCGGUCUGAGGGUUCAGCUCGCCUCUCUUCUGCAAUCACAGCCAGACCAUUUGGGACGAAGCAGUCCAGGGUGUCCUCACUUCCGAGGCUGUGCAGUGUAGAUGACAAUCAGGAUGUGUUGCUGAACAGUGAGAAAGAGGAUUCUCUUUCUCCACCCACCAAAUCAUCGUUCAUACGACAGACUGCGACCGCCCAUCUGAAGGGUCAGAACCAGGCGUCAGUCACACUGGAGAAAGUCAGCCAGGCGAAGCAGAAUGUUACAGAACAGGGGAAGGAGGUGAAUGGUGCCAGCAUCCCCAGCCGGGCCUCCUUUCAGAAUAAUGGCUACCCCCAUCUGCCCUCCACUCAGAUUCUGCCCCAGCCGUAUUCAAACCUGCAAACCUCCCACCGCAAUAAAAAUGCGACACCCCCGUCUACUGCAAGCACUGACGUCCCAAAGGUGGAUCACAGUGACAUGAGAGUGAGCCUCACUCUUAAACCCAACAGCGUAGCAGACUUUGGUUUCCAUACGCACUGGGACUCCAUGGGGGCGAGAGUGAAACUUAUUCAACCUGGCAGUCCGGCGGAGCUCUGCCAGCUGCAUGUGGACGAUGAGAUUGUGGCCGUUGAUGGAGUUCCAGUGACACAGUUGAACUACAACCAGUGGAAGGAUAAAAUGGCGUCUGCCCUGCAAACUGGCAACCUGACCAUGGACAUCCGACGCUUUGGCAACAAGGAUUGGAACACCAGCGAUGGGAGUCAUCGCAGCCUGCCAGGCCAGAGCAGGGUGACCCUCAAUCUGACUGCUGCUGCACCUGUUUUAAUAGGUUGCCCUGAUCACCAUCCCAACGGUGUUGCCUCUGCAGAAACGGCAGUCACAAAAGUGUCCAAAUUCAAUGGGCAGUCAGACAAUGUAAUACAGGGUAAAGUCAUGGGUGGAGUGCUUUCUGACAACCUCAGGACAGCCACAAGUAAAGAUUAUAAUGAGAUCACUAGCAAAAAUCAGAAAAGGAGGACAGAAUUUUUCAACCAGAAAGGAGGUUCAGAAUCUGCAAUAUCUGAUCUCCAGGUGCCAUCCCUCAGCCCCUCCACAUCCAGCUGGUUGUGGGACCGCGAGGAGGAUCGCAGACGUCAGGAGAAGUGGCAGGAAGAACAGGAGCGCCUCCUACAGGAACAGUACCAUCGAGAUCAGGAGAGGUUGGAGGCAGAAUGGAAAAGGGCGCAACAGGAUGCAAUGGGAGUCUCCAAGUCAGGGCAGAACACCUUUGAGAUGAACAGUGGCGGGGGGAGUCCUGUCUGCACUCAGCUCCAUGUGAAUGGACUGACAAACAAAUCCAUAGGAGAAGAGCUGAGCCCCAACAGAGGAGAGCUGAAAGAUGCAGGAGGAAAACCUCAAAGUAAUGUACAAGGACUGCAGGAUGACAAGAUGGCUGAAAAAGACUGGGCAAAGUCCUUGUCCACCCCAGUACUGGCUGUCUCCCACAAACAGUCAAAAGGUCCAGGUGAUCAGAGGAACAGAAAAGGACAAUCUGUCUCCAAGGUCGAGCAGGAACGGCAGCAGAUUUUGGACGAAAUGAAGAAAAGGACUCAGCUUCUGACCGACAACAGCUGGAUCCGUCAGCGCAGCAGCAGCUUUUACAAGGAGCCCAUCUAUGUUGGGGUUCCUAUGAAGAGAUAUGACUCGCUGGACAACCUGGAUGUUUUGCGUCAGUCCCCAGUCUCACCGGCUAUGUUCCCGAGUUACCCUCGUCCGCACUCGGCCGCUGCAGGUUUCUGUGCUCCGAGCAGGAACUCCUGUUCCCGCUACAGCACUGGAGCAAUGUUGUCCCAAAGAAACACAUCCAUGGACCCAUCUCCUAAUGGCAGGAUGGUCAGUGGCAGGAGGACUUGCAGUGUGUGUGAGCGUGUCCUGGGUAGUGGGGCAGCCAUGGUCAUAGAGGCCCUUAGUCUCUGCUUCCACCUCGCCUGUUUCCAGUGUGUGGGCUGCUGUCGACAUCUCGGAGGAACAGAGACUGGAGCCCAGGUCCGAAUCCGAAACAGGAAGCUCCACUGUGAGCUCUGCUAUUUCCAACUCAAGUACACUGGUGCCCUCCCCAUGUGACCAGCAUGCUGUACUCCAGAUUGAAGAAUAAAUGAGAUGAUAUCAUCCUCAUAGCCAAUCUGACUUCUGUUUCCUAAUCCAUGCUACAACAUAAAUCUCGACAACCUGUGAAUCCACAAGCAAGUAUGAUUCUUAAUCGCUGUUUUUAUCAAUUAGACGACACAUAGUUUGACUGUUCUUUUUUUCUGCUAAUUUAUUUCCAAGGAAAUUUAGAUUUAAUAUAUGAAAUAAAGUAAUGAUGGGACUUAUUGUUUGAUUUAAUUUUAAUGAUAGUGUUGCUAUUUGUGGCAUCUGUGUGCUGUCUUUUUUCUUUACCCAAUAGUGCAUUAGAGAUAUCAGAUAAUUUCGUAAGAGGCUGUUAUUGUAACCCAGGCAUGAAAGCACAUUUUACUGAAGCACUUUCUGUUCUAUUGUAAACUCACCACGCGCACAUUGGGAUAAAUCACUGGUAUAUAUAUAUAUAUAUAUAUAUAUAUAUUUGUCACAUGAAAAUUGGCAUCUUAACUGAAAUGUCCUUUUUGUAAAUAAAGUGCACUGAAUAUAAUCAA